AUGCAGGCCACCCGCAAGAGCGUCACGGUGAUGCCGCAGGAUAUUGACAUAGUUGCUACUACACGAUUGCUCGGCUACCCAGGAGCAUACGAGCCGCUCACAAAGCACGAGCUGCACCGACUGCACGCGAAACAGGCCGCGCUUCACCCGAACGAUUGCGAGAAAAGGGCGGCGUUAAGUCAAGAACACGACCGCGCCACCGCCGCCUUUGCGAACGCCAGGCAGGACCGGGCAAACCAGAACACAGACGACGACGCCCGCGGCCAGCUCGUCAAGGACAAGCUCGCCGCCCUGAAGUCGAAGACCGACCAGGAGGCGAGGCAGCAGAACGAGAUUGUGAAGGCGUUCAACCAGGAGUUCACCACCACGUACAACCAGCGGAAGGAGGCGUGGCGAUCUACUCGCGACGCCUUCGUCGUCAAGUUCAAGGAGAAGUGCGCAAGCACGAACCAGGGCAUCGGCGAGCUGGAGGCGAUCAUCGAGAGGGAGCACGAGGCUUGCCUGGCCGACACCAACGCGGAGAUCAGCCGCAUCGUCGAGGUCGAGAAGGAGCGCAGUGACGGCUUCGAGCGUCUCGUGGCCGACCGCGCGAAGCAGCACGCCGCCUUCAGGACGGACCUCGCCGAGACGUUUGCCGACCUCCGCCGGCGGGUGGCACGCGAGGCGCAGGCCAGGGAGAGCCAGGCGGUCGGCACGCAGGAGCGGGCCAGCGCGGAUUACGUGGCCCUGGACGACCAGAUCGGCAGCCUGAGCGCCAGGCUGGACCGCGACCUGGAGGACAUCCGCCUGAGGCUGAGCGAGGAGGUUCAGGAGCGGGCCGCCGCCCAGGACAGGGUCGUGGACGACAUGCACCGGUUCUGCCAGGCCAUACAGGACAACCUCGCCGACCGCCAGAGGGGGGUUGGCGACACCCAGAGGCUGUUGAAGGACCUGCAGGUCAUGCUCCACGAGGGCUAG